UUCAUUCUUAGAUGUGUUUGGGGUUUGUCCUGAUCACUAGAGGAGCGCUGGUUGUUAUUAGUAGAGGGUGUCAGCAGGGGCCCGAUCACCUCAGGAGAUGGUUGGAGACAAAGAGAGAGAGAGGAGACACUGGAGGAGGAGGAGGAGGAGGAGGAGGAGGUCCGCGCUGACUCCGCCUCCGGGCUCGGAUCCUCCACAUUCCUUAUUCACAGCGUCUCAUGUUGAAGGACGGAGAGGAAAAAGGGGGCGAAACAAGACGGGCGCAGGAGAGACGGAGGAAGCGAGCAGACGACGGGGCGCAGCAGAGCGAACAUGGCAGUACCGAGCGCGUCUCAGUCCCAGCUAGAGUCCGAGCAGCGCGCGCCACCACCGUCCGGUUCGGUUCGGCUCAGGCAGUCGCAGACAGAUGGGUCCACAUGAAUGAGGAUCUACCUGGGCUGAGGACAACAUGAGGGUCAUCUUCAUCCAAAACGCCGGUUUCGUCGCAGCUUUCUCGCCUGGUAGAAGUGAGUGGGUGAAGUCGGCAGAACCACAGAUGAUGUGGACCGACUUAGGAUCCAAUUGAGUUUUUUUUAAAAGGCAAAUUUAGAUUUUUUUUUAAAAACAUUCUGGAUCGGGUUUUUAUUAUAUCUUAUAUAAAUCAUCUUAAAAUUGCAUUCAGCCUCCGGUGUGCGUUAUUGCCGCCGGUGUCUGGAUUAUUAUUAUUAUUAUUAUUAGAUGAAUAUUAUUAUGGACCGCUCAUGUUAGACUGCUUAAUCCACCACUAGGCUGUUUUAUAGUGAUAAUAUCAUAAUAUUUUUUUUGAACGAGACAAUCUGGAAGCCUUUGUUUCCAUGUGUGAUAGAAGUUAUUCACGUUAUUCUUCGUAAUUUAUUUAUUUAUUGUUACUGUUGUUAGGCCUAUAAGUAUUAUAUUACCGUUGUUUAGUAGGUAGCGUUGACGUAUUUAACAGUGGGAGGGGUCGCUUCCCUUUACUGCCAUGGAAACUGCUUAUUUAUCGCCUCACCGGGGGUCCAGCCGCCGUGAGCCCCAGCGGGGUCACGCCUCCACCGCAGCGGCGCCACCUGCCACUGACUCUCCUGAUGGAGGUGCUGAUGGGAGGAGAAGCUCAGGUGUGAAGAAGCACCACCACAAGCACAACCUGAAACACCGCUACGAGCUGCUGGAGACCCUGGGGAGAGGCACCUACGGCAAAGUCAAGAAAGCCAUCGAGAGACACUCGGGAAGAGUGGUGGCCAUCAAAUCCAUCCGGAAGGAGAAGAUCAAGGAUGACCAGGACAUGGUUCACAUCCGCAGAGAAAUCGAGAUCAUGUCAUCCCUCCGCCACCCGCACAUCAUCUCCAUAUAUGAAGUGUUUGAAAACAAGGACAAGAUCGUGAUCGUGAUGGAGUACGCUAGCAAGGGGGAACUGUACGACUACAUCAGCGAGCGUCGGCGGCUGAGCGAGCGAGAGACGCGACACUUCUUUAGACAGAUAGUCUCCGCUGUCCACCACUGUCACAAGAAUGGCGUGGUGCACAGAGAUCUGAAACUGGAAAAUGUUCUACUGGAUGAAAACUGUAACAUUAAGAUUGCUGACUUUGGAUUGUCCAACCUCUAUCACAAGGACAAACUGCUACAAACCUUCUGUGGAAGCCCGCUGUACGCCUCGCCGGAGAUCGUCAAUGGGAGACCAUACAGAGGGCCAGAGGUGGAUAGCUGGGCUCUUGGGGUGCUGCUGUACACCCUGGUUUACGGAACCAUGCCGUUUGAUGGGGGAGAUCACAAGAAACUCAUUCACCAGAUUAGCAACGGGGAGUACAAAGAACCAACUCAAUCAUCAGAUGCACGAGGACUGAUUCGCUGGAUGCUAAUGGUGAACCCAGAACGCAGGGCCACUGUAGAAGAUAUAGCCAAUCACUGGUGGGUAAACUGGGGCUGGAAGAACAGUGUGUGUGACUGUGAAUCCCAACGCGACCAUGGAGGCUCACCCAUGCUGGCACGCUUCAUCGACUGGCAGAACCGCACUGAGCCACGAGGUUCUGGAGCCAAACCUGCAUCCCUCCCCCAGCUGUUGCGCCAGAGGCCCAAAAAGUCCAAGAAGGAAAAUGUUGAAGCCGAAGAGUCCCAGUGUGGAGCUGAAGAUAAACCAGGUCUGAAGAGGCCAAAGGGUAUACUGAAGACCAGGGUUGUAGAAGAACACCAGCGCGCAAGUUUGGAGGAGGCUGAUUUGGGUCAGCAAGAGUUCCUUCAACAAGCAGAUGUGGGAGAUGAGGCUUCAAGUCCUGAUCCAGAGGAAGAGGAGCUGACCUCAAGUGAAGUCUCACAGGCGAAGUCGGCACCUUCUUUGCCAAAGAAAGGCAUCUUAAAGAACAACCAACAACGGGAGUCAGGGUACUACUCUUCACCGGAGCGUAGUGAGUCCACAGAGCUUUUAGGGGGGACCGGUAUGUCAGUGCUAGCCACCUCCCCACCAAAAAGAGUGAUGGGCAGAAAGGGAAUACUAAAGCGUAACGGCAAGUACUCCACCUACAGUGGACCUCCGUCCGCUGCUGCAGUGGCAGAGGUUCUGGGCGACCCGCCUCCUUCCACUGACUCUGGUCUGUCGCGCAGUCAGAGCCGUCCCUCCAGCAUCGUCGGUGAGGACAGCUCUGUCUUGUCCCUUUCGCCCACCUCUCUCUGCGGAGCUGAAUGGCACCCGUCGACUCCCCACCUUCGCCCAAACAUCCGGGCCUGUGUCUCAGCUGAAAACCUGCUACAUCUCGCCAACUUCAAAGGUUUUCAGGCUGCACCUGCUCUCCAGGGAUCCAAGUUCAACCGUAGCCACAAAUCUAGAGGCUCCCCAGGGGACAAUGGCAGCUUCUCCCUGUUGGGGGACCUUGAGGACAUGACUCAGGUGUACCAACAAGCCUUGGACAUUAGCAGCAACCUCACCUAACAGUCACUAAGAAGAAGCUGUGGGAAUGUAACAACUGUGUGUGUUUGUGUGCGGAUAUGAAUGGCUUUAACGACCAGUGGGUUACUGGGAAUAAGUCUUAUGAGAUUGUGGUUUUGCCAAAUGGGACCGUGAUGCUGAUCGGAAUUAUCAAGCGCACACAGGUGUACACACUUCCACAGCCAAAGGAAACCGAGUUAGGGUGUGAACAGUACAGAGGCAGAGCUGGCACGAGAGAGCGCCACCCAGUCUGCCGACUUGGCGCGCCGCUAGACUUUGCUGUGUUCGACAUGUUUACAUAUUCUGCUAGAAGGCAAGUAAGAAUCACAAACUCAGCAACCAGACUCUGGUUGUCUUUGCUUUUACGCCGCCCGUUUUUUUGGGUUUGAGUUUACAAAAGCACCUUAGAACUCACACCGAGCGCAUUAUUUUGUGAUUUUUACUUCCUUAAAAAUGGUGUUCCAAAAGUAGUUGACAUUGUUGAUUGUUUAAUGUUAUUUUUUUUUCUAAACUUGCUAAACUGGUGGCGUUACUGGAAGAGUCUCAUCUCACUGUCUCCUCCCAUGGAACUGACAUAUAUAAUUGGUGAUGAGCACUCACCUGUGUUCAUAUAUAGCUCUAUGUCUGUGCAUGUAAAACAUGUAGACAUUUAUAUAUUCAAAGUGUAUGUGCUAUGUAUGUGUAUGAUAAUAGGUAUGUAGGAAGUGCCUUUUUUUUAAAUCUAUAAAAACAAUUAUGUAUGUCAAUUCCAUAAAGGUUGGAAGAAGCCGGAACAAGCCAGUUUUUUUUUUCUGUGAAUGUGGACAAACCCAGGGCCUUUUCACGCACAGCUGACUAGCUUUACUCGUCCGGGGUCAGGGGUUCGUCCUGAUCAAACAGUCUGGCAUCUACAGUCAGCCUUGAAAAGACCUCCCUGAUGGUCUUUGUCAGUGUUCAGCUCUGUGCUUUGGUUUGUCAGCAGCUUUGGUGGCUUGGUUGAACACGGGGGUCUGGAAGGGCUCACCUAAAGGGACACUUGUUGAAGGGGGAUGGUGCAGACACCACUUCAUCGUCCUGGAAUGUGCCUGGUUCUCAUAACCAUGGUCAGUUUUUUUUUUUUUAUAUUGCCAAAGACAUUAUACUUUAAGCUCUUGAAAGGAGUAGGGGGGUGAGGGUUGUUAAAACCUACUGAUGACACAGUAAAUUCCACAGACAGGAGACGUGUUGGUGCGAAAGAUCUGAAUCGGCCCCGGCUUGACUCAGCACAGGUGGGAUCUGCAGUCCACCCUCCAGCUGUGUACACGAGUCCAUUAUGUCAACCAAGCACAAUUAGCAAGCUAUUGUUUUCAUUAGAGACAAGAAGAGGGAGGAGGCGCGGGGCGGUGUAGGGUGACGGAGCGUAAAGAAGUGAUGCGUCGAGGAUUGUUGAGAUUAGAGAGGGCUUUCCUGUGAAGCACGGGAAGUGCCAAGAUUUGACUCGGGAGGGAUUUGCUCAAGUAGACUAGCGAGUGUAAAGAAAGUGAGGAGAAGGAGUCCAUGGAAAGUUUUGGGAGUUUUACCAAAGAUGCACUGGGGCAUUGAUGGAGGUGUUUUUCCAUAGUUAGUAGACAGUUUUCUCCAAGUAACUCAAAGAUAUCGUACACAAGAUUAUGAGGGAAAUCAUUUCAGUUUCAGUGGUCCGUGGGUUGACAGGCAUUGUUCAUCACACAUGCCCACAAAGAGACCGUUGCGUGAACCGACUAUGGAGCUGAGUUUACUGUAGGUCACUUGCCUCUUCACCAGAAAUCGAGCUGCCGCAUAGUGACCACAGUCUGGGGAUUCAGGUCAGGAUAUCAUGUCGGGAGUUUUGUUUUUUUUCAUCUCCAGUCGAGUAGAUCCAGGUUGCAAAUAGUCAAUCAUAAUGGGGCAUCUGUCCUGUGCUUAAAAAAGCUAUACACCAGAGACGGGUUUAAAUUCGAGGAAAUUCUCUGGGCCCUUUUUAGAACCCCCUUCAGUGGAUGAAAUCAUUCCCCACAUUGGCUUCGCCUCCUGUUUGUUUUUCUUUUCCAGUUUUUUAUUUGAGAUGCUGGAGGCUGUUGAUACAGCUUGACUUCUAGAGGGUCACUUUUUUGUUUGGCGUGGCCUUAGACGGGGUGUGUUUUCAAUGGCGCUAAAAAUCAGCAAAGAAUGACUGACAUCAUGCGAAGAAAAUGAUGGAAAACCGCUGACGGAGAAAUGUUUUCGGUGGUCCGCUUGCAUGAAGGAAAGGUCCUGGGAAGUGACUCCGAUGAAACACCCAUUUGUGUAUCGCAUUGCUUUUUAAUUGCCUUUUGUAUUGCCAACUGGAUUUACAGUGAUGAAAUUAUACUAUGUUAGUAUUUUGUUUUAUUAUGAUUCUGUUUUUGAUUUUCCAAAAUAUAAGAAACUUUAUAUUGCUUUAUGUUAUGGCAGAAAAAUGCUUCCUUCCUUGAAGAGUUGUUCCUCCCAAUAUGAUCUGACACAGUUUCAGGUGACACCAAUCAAAAUACAAACGUAUUUUACGCUCUCAUGUUUGUGCACCUGUAGGUCUGGAAAGGGUUUUUGAUGACCACAGCAUAAGAUCAUUUCCACCAGAUUCCAAUCAAAGGAAGAACUAAGAAAUAAAACAAAGCAAUGUCAAAGCCAAUCUGGAAGCACUGGUGCAUAUCUUUGAGUUUGCAGAAUCAUAGGAAAACUUGACUGGAUAUCGUUCUGACAAAAAAAAAAGAGUAUUAUUUUGUUAUUUAAGUAUUCUAUGUCUCAAUAUAUUCGUGUCUGAUGGUGAUCCUGGACUGCCGAGGUGGAUUAAGUCCUGUGCCUUUGGUAUCUCUCAUGAACCUUUUUUUAUAAUAAUUAUCAAUGUGUUUUUAUACUUGUAUUUAUUGGUGAUGAAGCCAUUUAGUUCCGUGUCCAUGCUUGGGCCUGCUCUCCGGACUGUUUUGCGGACUGCACGCACAAACGCUGUUUGAGUGCCAUCAUCUCAUUGUGAAGAGGCCAGGUUUUUUUUUUUUUUUU